AUGGGAUCAAUGGAAGAGUACAACACAUCCUCUACAGACUUUACCUUCAUGGGGUUGUUCAAUAGAAAGGAAACAUCAGGCCUGCUUUUUGCCAUCAUCUCUAUUAUCUUUUUUACUGCACUGAUGGCCAACGGGGUCAUGAUAUUUCUGAUCCGCACUGAUUCACACCUCCACACUCCCAUGUACUUCCUACUUAGCCACCUCUCCUUCAUUGACAUGAUGUACAUCUCUACCAUUGUGCCCAAGAUGCUGGUAGAUUACCUACUGGAUCAGAGAACCAUCACCUUUGUGGGAUGCACAGCUCAACACUUCCUCUACCUCACUCUUGUGGGAGCUGAGUUCUUCCUGUUGGGUCUCAUGGCCUAUGACCGCUACGUGGCCAUCUGCAACCCACUCCGCUAUCCAAUCCUAAUGAGCCGCCGUGUUUGCUGGAUGAUUAUAGCAGGUUCCUGGUUUGGGGGCUCUUUAGAUGGCUUUCUUCUAACUCCCAUAACCAUGAGUUUCCCUUUCUGCAACUCUCGGGAAAUUAACCACUUCUUCUGUGAGGCACCUGCAGUCCUGAAAUUGGCUUGUGCAGACACAGCUCUCUAUGAGACAGUGAUGUAUAUGUGUUGUGUCUUGAUGCUGCUGAUUCCUUUCUCUGUGGUGAUUGCCUCCUAUGCUCAAAUCCUGACCACAGUCCACCGCAUGAGCUCAGUGGAAGGGAGAAAGAAGGCAUUUGCCACCUGUUCAUCUCACAUGACAGUGGUGACCUUGUUCUAUGGGGCUGCCAUGUACACGUACAUGCUGCCACACUCUUACCACAGGCCAGAACAAGACAAAGUCUUCUCUGUGUUCUACACCAUCCUCACACCCAUGCUGAAUCCACUCAUCUACAGUUUGAGAAACAAAGAUGUGACUGGAGCUAUGAAGAGGGUACUGGGCAGCUUCAAGGGUACACAGAGAGUGUCAGGGGAUGCUUUUUGACACUUGGCUCCUUCCUAUGCAAAUGGUGAAUGGGAGCCUCUUUGACCAAUGUGGCCAUACU